AUGGCACGCUCAAUUAGAGAUAUUGGUUGGGUACUUAGAGGUGAUGGUGAACAUGAUCAACGUUAUACAAUGCCACAAGUUCUUAAUAUUGAUGGUUCGAGAGAUAGACGAUUUGGUUCAUUUCAACAACCUGUAUUUGGCUCCUCGGAUCUUCUAACACAGGGUCGUUCACAGUAUUACAAUGAUAUAGGUGCACAUAACGGUCCAGGUAAACCAUCCCUUCCAUUAUAA